GCGCACAGCCCCUGCAAAACGGGCUGUUUAGACUUGUCGGGAAAGCCGGAGAGAAAGAAAAAAAAAACGAAUAAUAAAACGGGAAAGCAAGCCACAUUCCUUCAAGAUCAGUCAGACAUCACACACCUCCACGAGUCCGGGAUACAAAAAGUGCGCCUGAAGGAGAACGAGCGAACCGCUAGAGGAAUACGCGUCUGGGACAGAGAGAGACACGGACUUCAGGAGAGCAAGCGACAGCCAGGAGAACAUGGAAUGGACGUUUUAAACACCAAAAAGAGUAAAAAUUCUUCCAGAAGCCAGGAAGGACAAACAAAAGUUCUCACUGAAACAGUCACCACCACUACCAGACUAACAACACGACCACCUAAGGGCUCUAGCAGCAGUAUAAGCGGUGGCCAGAGAGGUUCAACAUCCAACAGCGCGGGGCUGGGAAUGGAAAAGAAAGUCCUGUCACAGGGCACCAGCAGCUAUGUGUCAUCAACAACUGGGGGGGGCAACUCAAAAGUGAAUUUCAGCUCAACAGGCUCACGAAGGGGCCAAGGCUCCAGCUCCUCCUUGACAUACUCCCCAGUCUCCACUCUGGAGAGGAAGGUCAUCAUUAGUCGCAAUGGUGGAUAUGAAGGAAGUUCAAGUGGAAAUUCAUCCCCAGAAUACACCAGAAAAGAAUUUAUCACAACCUCAUCAACUUCAGCCACAAGAGGGAGAAGUCAGAGCAGAGAAAGUGAAAUCAGAGCUCGGCUGCAGAGCGCGUCACCCUCUACAAGAUGGACAGAGCUAGAUGAUGUCAAAAGACUUCUGAAGGGAGGUCGUUCAGCCAGUGUGAGCCCAACAAGAUCCCCCUCAAACACACUUCCCAUUCCCAAAAAAGCCAGUGUGGAAACCAAGACGGUGAUGGAGAGCUCACACUCAGUUUCAGCCUUCAAUGAGCCACCCAGCAUGGGGCGAGAUUACACCUCCUACAUGUACUCAACCCUCCCUGCAGGCUCGUCAAUGGUCAACGGAUACAGCUAUUUUAACAACACAACUAAUCUGUCGCCUGGCUCUUCUCUGCUCAACACCACCUCCCCUUCCUCCUUGUCAGUUCACGGUCUGCCUAACAAUCUGACCUUGAAUUCAGCUCCAAUGACCAGCACCCUCAGCACCAGCUCCACCGUGUAUGGAGUACAGAAUAACCUGGGAACAAACUCCGCCAGCGGCAACUCAAAUGUCCCUCAAAGCCCCACAGGCUACGGAGUUCAGAAAAACAUGGCUUACAUGGCACAGUCCCCUACCUUGGCCAGCACUGGAGUAUCCACCACCACUGUCACCCAAACCAGGGAUCUUAAUGAUGACGUCUUCCGAAAAGACUACAAGUUUGUGCUGCUGGAAAAAGAGAAUGCACCGGCCAAGAAAGACACUGAGCUGCUAAUCAUGGCCAAGGACAGUGGCAAACUCUUCACGACCGCCACCACCAAUGGCGUUGGCAGCUCCUUUUCUGAUGACACUUUGAAGAAGGAAAAGAUGAUUGUGUCAAGCUCCACGGACGCCGCAGUGAAAAGUGAAGCCAAUGCUGGCUUUGGCUCCUAUAAAGUCUCCACCAAGGACAAAGCAACAUAUGCAGAAAUUCGAAAAGACGAUGAUUAUGGUGGUGGCGGCGGAGGGGGAGGAGGAGGUUGCUGUGGCCGCUGUAGCUGGUGGAAGUGGCUUUUGGGAUUGCUUCUAGGACUGCUCCUGCUCCUUGGGUUACUAUUUGGUUUAAUUGCUCUAGCUGAAGAAGUCAAUAAAUUGAAGAAUCGUGUGGCAAAGCUUGAAAGUGACACUAUACGCUCCAGCCGUGUGGUUUCUACAGAUAUAAACGGCCAAAAUCCUAUCUUAGAAAGAUCAAUAUCAGGCGUCAACUUGGCAGUCGGGGAAAGUGACAGUAACAUUCGGUUGCUUGUGAAAGAAACAUUGAAAGCGGAACUUCAGUCAGACAGCAUAAAAGCCUACGUCAAAGGUGAAAAAGGUGAUUCGGGACCUAAAGGUGAUACUGGAUCACAAGGCCCUAAAGGUGACAUCGGGAAUGUGGGACCACCAGGUCUUCCAGGAAUACCAGGUCAUGCUGGACCAGAAGGGCCUAAAGGGCAAAAAGGCAGCCAAGGGGACCAUGGAGCCGAGGGCCAGAUGGGACUUAGGGGACGAGACGGCCAGCCUGGACCUCGUGGUGAACCAGGCCCUCCUGGCUUCGGUGAAAAGGGAGAAAAAGGCAGCCCAGGAGAUUCUGGACCACCAGGUGUUACUGGAUUGCCUGGUCCAAUGGGAAUUAAAGGUGCAAUGGGCUUGCAAGGUCCUCCAGGUCCUAUUGGUUCUCCUGGUCCACAAGGUUUCAGAGGUGAAACAGGGCAACCUGGUCCUAAAGGUGAUAAAGGAAUUGUUGGCUCAGCUGGAUCAAAGGGUGACCAGGGUGAGAAGGGUCCACGUGGACCUCCAGGUGAGCCUGGCCUUCGUGGACUCCCAGGGCCUGCAGGAGAGGCUGGAGCUAAAGGAUCUGCAGGCCCUCCAGGUGCUGAUGGGCUUAAAGGUUCAAGAGGUGAGCCAGGACCAAUGGGCUUAACAGGAAUCAGAGGGCCAUCUGGUCCACCAGGAGAUGCUGGUCAGCCAGGGCUUCCAGGACUACAGGGACCACCAGGUCUCCCAGGCAAUCCAGGUGCACCCGGCUCUAAAGGUGACCACGGUGAGCCAGGCAGAAUCAUCAAUGCAGAAGGAUCAAAGGCUGUGGCUUUACCCGGACCACCUGGUCCACCUGGCCCUGCUGGCCCACCAGGACCCACUGGACUUCCAGGUCCAAUUGGCCCAGCUGGAGUUCCUGGUCAGCCAGGAGCCAAGGGCGCACGUGGAGAGAGGGGUGCGCAAGGCGAGGCGGCUAUCACAUCCCAGAGUUCAUCAGGCUCCUAUUCUGAGAGAGAAAAAUUGUCCAAAACAGAAACAUUUUCACAAAUCUCUGGCCCACCAGGACCCCCUGGACCACCAGGACCACCAGGUCCACCCAUUCCAGGCCCACCCGGCCCAAGAGGUGAUCCAGGUAUUGGCCACCCUGGUCCACCUGGUCCAAAGGGAGAACCAGGGACCUUCAUUCCAAAUUCAGGAUCAUACUUUUCUGGACCACCAGGACCACCAGGACCUAAAGGAUCUCAGGGUGAUCAAGGACCAAGGGGAUACCCAGGUGACCCAGGACAGCCAGGCCUACCUGGAAGUCCAGGAAUCUCUGGGGAGCCAGGUCCACUUGGGCCUCCUGGAGCUCCAGGACCAAUUGGCCCUCAGGGACCAGAAGGACCAAAGGGAGACAGAGGAGAUGCUGGAGUUCCAGGGGCUCCAGGUAUUCCAGGAUCAACAGUGUCACGAGGCGGAAGCUCAAGAGUCUAUCAAGGACCACCCGGACCACCAGGACCUCCUGGACCUCCAGGACCUCCUGGGGCAGGUGGUGAUGCAGUCCAGUCUUUGCCUGACAUACGCCAGUACAUUUCUGACUAUCUUCAAAGUGAUGCUGUCCGGAGCUAUAUGAUUGGACCACAAGGCCCACCAGGCCUUCCAGGGCCUCCCGGACCACCAGGACUUGGUGGACCUGCUGUACAGUCAUUGGAUGAAGUGGCGAAUCGUGUGAUCACCUAUGUGCAAAAUGCUGGCUUUGUUGCAGGCCCACCAGGUCCUCCUGGUCCACCUGGGGCCCCUGGAUUUGCUUCAAUGGAAGACAUAUUAGCCAUGCUGCAGAGGGAGGAAGUGAGACAAUACCUUACGGGCUCAUCUGGACGUUCAGCAGCGAGUUGGUCUAGUGCAACUGAAAUGCACGAUUUGGCCACUCGUGUCAUCGACAUCAUGAGCACCAGGGGUCUGAGAAUUGGCCUACCAGGACCUCCAGGACCCCCUGGACCUCCAGGAUUGCCAGGGUCGACUUAUGGAGAUAUAUCAGCACUGCUACAAAACUCAGAAUUUCGAGGAAUUGUUGGUCCCCCUGGUCCUCCGGGACUACAAGGAAGACAGGGUCCACCUGGGCCCCCAGGUCCAUCUGGGUUUGUCACAUAUAGUGGUACAAGUGGCCUAAGUCGUACAAGUGAAACAAGUGAUUCAAGCUACAGGGUAGAAGACAUCAGAAGCUACCUGCAGAAUGUAGGUUUCAGUGGUCCUCCUGGUCCCCCUGGCCCACCAGGUCCCCCUGGCAUACCUGGAUUAUCUGGAGGACUAGUCUCAUAUGCAGAGAAUACACAGAGGGAUCGCUUCCAAACUGAACUUAUUGAGUACCUUACCAGUGACAAUGUGAGAAGAUACAUCUCGGGGCCGCCAGGUCCUCCAGGACCCCGUGGGCAUAAGGGUGAGCGUGGUGAAUCUGGCUACAUACUGGAUGGCAGGCAAAGUGGAAAGUUGGACUACGCCAGCCUAGCACUUCAGCUGAAAGACUACAUGAAGAGCCAAGGUCUGAUAAGUGAGUAUUCUCACAGUGUGUCUGAAAGAGUCAUCCAGCAAGGACCUCCUGGUCCCCCCGGCCCUCCAGGUCCUCCGGGAUACAGCCGAGUUAUCGGAGCAUAUGGCAAUGUGACUACAGACCUUAUGGAAUUCUUCAGAACUUAUGGAACUAUUCAAGGACCACCUGGCCAAAAAGGAGACCGGGGUUACCCAGGACUCAAAGGGGACAGGGGUGAUGUGGGACUCCCAGGUCCACCAGGAAUGCAAGGUCUGAAAGGAGAGAAAGGAGAACAAGUAUUUGUUGGUCGGAGGAAGAAAAGAAGCACUGGAGUCUAAGCCGGCAUUUACAGAUCUCAGCAAAUGCCUCAUUAAUUUAUGUAAAGUUUCAUAACGUACUUGAACUAUAAGGCUGUAAGAGAAGACGGACGGGUGGUGAGAGUGUUGUAUUUAUACUCCGUUUUUUUUUUUUAUUCUAACUGGCUAAGGGCAAGAUACGUAACGGCACCAUUUUCCUUUUAACAAUCAAUCACAUUUCAAUUUAUAGUAAAAUUCACUUUAGAAUCAACAGUGUGAUAAAUGGAAGAUAUUUAUCAUUUACCUUUAAUAUUGCAAAAAUACUUAUCUGUGCAAGUUUGAAGUUCUCACGUUACCACACACCUCUGCAGAGAAAGCACAGCAAAGAGAUUGUGCCUUUCUUAAAAUGCGUACAGCAGAGUGUGCAGAAGUGGAAUAAUAAACUAGACGACAUGGUCAGUAAGUCUCACGCAGUCCAUGUCACUGUUAAUGCACACAUACGGGUGUAUCAUCCCAUUUUUGAAAAAUCUUAAACUCUCACACUGCAUGCUUUUUUGCUCAGUUUCCUUAGCAUCAACAAUUGCAUAACGAUUGUAAAAGAAAUACCUGUUGUUUUCUUUGGUGGCUUGCAUUUAAAUAUGUUUGAAAACUUUAAACAGUUUGUUGGACUAGAUGUUGCUGACGAAGCGAUACUGAUUUUUUUUUUGUGAAAAAUAAUUUUUAAAGUGCAAUUUAUAAAAAUUCUAUCCAAACAACUCCUGUCUUUAAAUUGACAUAUUUGUGCCUACACACUUAAUGAAAUCAGUUUUAUUCCUGUUAAAAAAUGAAUUCUGGCAAGUUGGUAUAACAAUGAAUUUAAGAAGGCUGUGUUAUUUUUACUGAUCAUUGCGUUACUUGCAUUUCAUACUAUACAGAGCAGACCCAAACAUUUUAUUUAACUUGGAGAUGUCAUCUGCAUGUACGUCAAAAUGAAAAAGAAAAGAAAUUCACCACCCAGUUUGGCAAUAAAACCGCGGUCAGUCAUUCUACAGUAGGCACUUCUACCAAUGCUAUGAAAUUUGAGAGCUUCAUUUGUUCACAGUAAAGCAGAUGGAAAUGCAAUAUUUUUUUAAAGUAUUUGUAAUAAAAGUGUACCAAAAAUAUAAAAUGUGGAAGGGGACUUAUUUGAAAUCUUUUUUCUUUUUAAAGCUCCUUAUUUGCUUCUUCUCACGGUGAAGGGAAAGUCAACUAUUGUACAUAAACUAAGGUUAUGAAUGUGCUUUGGAUAGUCAAACGUAACGCUAAGGCAGGGCUCCUCAGUUACAUCCUGCAGGGCUCUAGUAGCUGGCAGGUGUUCCCUUUCUUUACUUAGAACCACUAGCUCGCCAGCUAACAUGCUUCCAUUUAAAGCUGUGUUAACAAAAUGUGAUAAAGUCAAUGAGAAAGAAGGAAAAGACCAAGAGCUACAAAUCUGUCCAAGAUCACAAACAUGUGGAUGGAUGGAUGGAUGAGGUUCUCAGAAAACAACA